UUUUCUUCAAAAUUUCAAUUUUCAAGUUUGUUUGAGUUUCAACUUAUAAAGAUGGAGUUCAUCUUGAUGCUAAUUCAAAAUUUACAAAAUUAUAUUGUCUAUACUCUUUUCUACCACUGUGUCAAUUUUUAUAAUUUUUUAUCCACAUUUUCUAUCUGAAUUGAGUGAAAAAAGAGAGGAGAAAAAAUAUAUGAAGAAAAUGUAAAAAGUACUUGUAAAACCGCCGAGAGAGAUAAAACAAACAAUUUUUAUAGUUUGGGGACUCGAUACCUGGUUUUGCACUUGAGAGAGAAAAAUCAGAUUUGUACGAUAAUUGAGGGAGGUAAAUUAGAUUUUUUUCAUAAAUAGAAUAUGUUAGGGAUUAGGGAAGGAAGAAAUUAGCCCGAUGAGCUGGGCCAUCUCUAGCAGAGCUCCAUUCCACUUCAGCACGACCCACUAAGAAACAACACCACAACGGCCCAUGAGCGUCGCAUUCUCGGAGCCUACCAACCACACCACCGGCUCGCCGCCCAACGCACCGUAGCCGGAAGGAAGGGGAAAAGAAGCCUGCACGCCCAAUCUCGCGUCUCGCCGGCGGCGCGCCACCGUCACCGCCAUGAUCAGCAUCCUCGCGCAGGAGCGCCUCCUCGGGUUCGCCCUGGGCUCCGUCUCCAUGGGCGGCUUCGUCCUCCACCAGCGCCGCGCCAUCUACCGCUCCCUCGCCGAAGCCGACGGGUCGCCUUACUCCUACCAGCCUGGUGAAAUCACCAGUAGAAGCUUGACUGAGUUGGCUCAUGUAUGGAACAAGGCGGUGGAUGAGACUCUCGGGCGACUUGUUGUAUACCUUAGCUCUCGUGGAUGGUGAUUGAAGCACCAUUUUGAACAUGGAAAGUGAGGAAGCGCACAGGGCAGUGCAAGACUUUCAAGCCAUUGUUGUGCUGAAACAUAACUGAUGUACUUGACAUUUCUCUGCACCCGGAGUUGAACAUGUUUUUGUUUUGAAAGCUUCCCCAGUGACCUAUUUAUUUUGAAUAUGGUUGAUUCUGCCGUACAUUGUUCCCUGAACAAGGAUCCGGAUGUUACCUCAUGGUCAAUGCUCUAACCCUGGGGAAAGCCUGGUUCCUCUAAAUGUUAUACAUAUAUAUGUUGAAUAACAAAAAGUUUGUACACUGCUUUGCUGACUUUGCAACAUUCAAAUGGACAUUAUCCAUUUAUCCAUAUCAUGUAAUGAUCAA